AUGUUCACUCCGCACAGUCCGCCAUCAGCCACCCACCUUCCAUCAUCUCCUCCCUCGCUCUUCGCCACUGCGCCUCUCUAUCCCACUCCUUUCCUACUCCAUCCCGCUGCCGGUGUCAAAAGCGGCAUCGGCACCAUGCGGUCCGACCUCACCUACUUCCCGCACAUCUGCGCCGCGAUCGUCGCCUCAGCUCCAGCCAGCACGCUCCUCACGCUGCGACUAGUCUCUCCGCUCUUCGCCGAUCUCGUCGACCGCCGCCUCCUGGAGCAUGCCGUGUACGGUGUGCGCGAGGCGCGACUCGUGUCCUUCCUGUUGCCCGAUCAUCCACUCCCCAGUUUCUCAGCAGAAGCCGUGCGCGUGCUCGACCUAACCAUGUCGCUGCGGUUCGCGGACCGGCCCCCGGACGACGCGCACACGUCCAUCAUGGGCGGCAUGCUCGACGGCAGGAUUGUCGAGGACGUGGCGGGCAUAAGCGUCUCGGACGAGCUGUGGUCCGGCAACGCCAAGGCGCCGUGGGUGCUCGCCGACCCGCCGCGGACGCCGAACGGCUCCGCGCCCGACGAGGUGCAGUUGCCCGAUGCGCUGCCCCACUUCCCGAAUUUGAGAGUGCUGCGGAGUCUCAACUACCAGCCGGUCGUGUUUCCGCAUUUGCUACGGUACACAUACGUCCCUGUCGUCGUGUACCCUGCCUCGAGGGCCAUCUCCUGGUCUCCCUCGCGAAGAGCUGGGGGACGGCUGGUCGGCGGAAGCAUACGGGCACCCCGGGCCGUGAUCGCCUUCGACUGCCCGCCGGAGGGAGACUUCAGCUUCUACUUCCGCGCCAGGCAGCAUGAGAGGCUCGACAUUGUCCUCGUCCCGGGGCAGUGGAAGGAGAGUCUCGGACGGUACGGCGCCGGCGCUGCUGAUCCGGCAUUUCAACCCCAGCUUCCGCCAAGUUACGACGCGGCAGAACUGCCCGGAUACACGACCAGCGAGGCGAUAGUGCACACGGGCAACGGGCUGGCGACCGUCGUUGUUCUUCCCGAAGUUGGGCCGAGGAAUCCGCUCCGAGGCCCGCCGCUCGUUGAUCGCGUCACGUCGGGCACGUUCUGGACCUGUCUCACGGAUGAGGUCGCGCAUCACGUCGAGAAUGGGGGCACGUGUACUGUCGUCGGUCUCGAGGCUUGGGACGCCAUGACGCGGGACAGCGCGCCGGGGUGGGAUGGGAGCUGGGCUGAGAUCAUGACGCGCGACGUGGCCGUGGACGAGAUGGAGGAGCUGGGGCUGGAGGCGAAGGAGGCGAAGGAGGGCGGGGUGGGGAAGAUGGGCACGCUCAGCUUCGCGACACUCGAUGAGUGGCGCGACGCCGAGGAGAACACGUACGUCUGGGAUCUCGUCGUUUGA